UCACGUUAACAUUUACGUUUUGCCGAAACAUAUAAUAAUCCAGUGCGUGACAACUUACAUGUGGAUGACAAAUGGGGUCAUGAUUGUACCAAACAUCUUAUCCAAAAGUGAAACACUCAAAGUUGGUGGCAAAAACGGGGAUAAAUGUGUUGGUUUGUGCAUCAGUUUUGGAAUAAUCAAAAGAAGUUAGAUAUGUCCAGAAGGAAGCAAGCUAAUCCUGCCAAAUUAGAUCCCCAAGAAGAAGACGACCUAGAAGCACAACACUUAAGACUAGCCGAAGAUGAAACGGCUGCCAGUUCCGCAUCCGGUGGUUCUGGAUGUGGCGAAACUCAACCUUUUGACGAUGAACAAGUACAGGGAGAUCAAGAUCAAGAUACCAAACCAGGACCAUACAAAUGCACGGUAUGUGGAGAAAAUUAUUUAAAAGAAAAACUGCUCAGGGAGCACGAACAGAGUCAUACUGACCAUCUGCAAUUCACUUGUGCUUACUGUCCUCGACUUUUCAAGCAUAAACGAUCAAGAGAUCGCCACACGAAGCUUCACACUGGGGAUAAAAAAUAUAAAUGUCAGCAGUGCGAUUCCGCCUUUUCACGGAGUGAUCAUCUUAAAAUUCAUAUGAAAACACAUGAUAGUCGUAAACCAUAUAAAUGUGGUACAUGCAAUAGGGGGUAUAACACCGCCGCAGCACUCUCGUCGCAUCAACAAAGUCACUUGAAACAAGAAUCUAGGUCCGGAAGUCGCACGAGUGGAGGAAGCACCCCUAGCCCCGGACUUUUCCGGUGCACUCAUUGUGCUGAAACUUUCGGAAAACCGGAUCUGCUACAGAGUCAUAUCGCAAUGGUCCACAGCGACACCGACUCGUCGCUAAGCCAGACCCCUGAGCCGUUAUCAGAAUAUCAAAACCAAAUCGAAGAUUUGAAAAUAGUUUGCAUGUACUGCUCGAAAGAAUUCCCCAGUUUGGAGUUGAUGUACCAGCACACAAAUAUCGCCCAUCGUGACGUCCCCAACGGUGUUACAACUUCGGUUUCCGUCUCAUCUCCUGCAAUUCAAAACUCCCCAAAACCGGAAAUUUGUCAAAACGGAACACCAACAUACGCCUGUGAUAGAUGCACGAUGCAAUUAGACUCGAUACAAAAUUUGAAAAAUCAUAUAAAUAAUGUACAUUGGCGUCCGGCUUUAUCUCCUAAUCCUGUCAAUUUUAUGGGGAUUGAGAAAAGCUUUUCUCCAUUUCAAACCCAACCGACUGACUUGAGCAGAAAGAAAAAAAAUGAAGACAGUGCAGAAAAAUCGGUCAAAAAGAAGAAAGAUCAACAUUCACCAUCGGCGAUAAGUCCGUAUGACUCUAAUGACAAGCCAUGUAUUUGCUCGUGCUGCUACGCACAACUGCCAAAUUUCAAAAGUUUCCUCCACCACAUGGAGUCACAUGUAAUCUCGUCAAAUAAUUCCUUACUAGGGUUUUGUCCCGUUUGUGGCGAACCUGGACGUGACCCUGUUUCGUUCACCAAUCAUAUUUUUAGCCAUGCCAUUGCUCAAGUACCUGGACGUUGUUGUUACACUUGCAAGAAGUCUUUUGAAAGACUAGAAGAGUUACAAAAACACUUAUUAGAAGUCCACGUCGUCUCAGUCUUCAAGUGUUCAAUCUGUAACGACAUUUUUGACACUAAAAUAUCAAUGCAGUUGCAUCUGACAAACAAACACAGCGACGAAUGCAAACAUUUUAAGUGUUACUUGUGCACGAAUCAGGUAUUUCACGACAGACUUUCGGCAGAAUUGCACAUUUCCAUGAAGCACUACCAACAAUUCACACCUUGUGUUGGCACUAAUCAACUAUUACGGUCGCAAUACCAGGAGUUGGAUACCAGAUUUCGCGACUAUAAUAUGAUUUUUCAGUGCACUUUCUGUCACAAGACGUUCAAAGACCAAUACUCGCAGUACAUACACAUUUUGAAGGAGCACAAUGAAAGCAAAGAGGGUGAAAAAUUCAUUUUGGAUUCAGCAAUGAACCCAAAUCCGUCCAGAUCGCCUAACUUCAUGUUUCCCAAAAUAGUAACUCCCGACCACGUGGGUAUGGAACCUCCUCUGGAAUCGGUCUACACUUGUGAUAUAUGCAACCGCAGUGAUAUAACUUCCGAAUCGGACCUAAUAAGCCAUAAGAAGCUCCACCACAGCAAAAACAAAAUUGGUCCUGUGAGUCUACAAUGCGCCUACUGCAACGAGUACUGCAAAUCCCGUACCGACUUGGAAAACCACAUGAAAACCCACCAAGUAACCUGCGGUAAAGGCAAACACAAAUGCAACAUUUGCGACGAGAUCUACUCCUCCACCCUGACUCUUGCGGAUCACAAACUCACCCAUUGUAAAAUCGUCGAGGGGAAUAGUUGUGUCCAAUGCAAAUCGGUCCUUAGUGACGAGCAGUCCUUCUACAGCCAUCAGUUGCAACACAGUGCCAAUCCGACAAAACCCAACGCUCAGAUUUCCCUCCCGGCAAACUGCAUCAUCUGCUGUCAGACGUUGCAAACCGAUGUGGAGAUCAAACUUCAUGCCAACUUCCACCUUAAGCACCUCACGCAGAAAGAGUAUAUGUGCGGGGUUUGCAGCAAGGUUUUUGACAGUCAGAGUAGCCAAUCGGCGAACGAUAUUAACAUUGUCGUGUGCAAAGACUGUGCGAAAAGUGAAGACGAGGGGAAAAAAGUGCCGAAACAGUUCGCGUGUAUCCAGUGCCCCCAGACUUUUGACAGUGAGAGUGACGUGCAAAACCACGCAGCGAUGCAUAUGUUGAACGAAGGGACGAAUCUAGAGUGCCGCUUGUGCAAACAAGUUUUUUCGUCCCCUCUCAAGCUGCAGACACACCUAAUCGAGCACAAUUUCUACGGGAUGAACCAAUAUAGUUGUUACGUGUGUUCCUCAGUUUUUACAGCCGCGAGCGGGUUGCAGAGUCACAUUAUCGGGCAUGGGUUGGAUAGUAGACCCUAUGAGUGUUCCCAAUGCCAGAUGAAGUUCUUCUUUCGGGCCGAACUAGAUAAUCAUAGGUUUGUGCACAUCCAGAAGAGCUAUCCCAUUCAUAAUGGGGGCGACAUCUACGAAAAUAAGCCAAGUCCACGCUAUAAAAUCUGUAAAUAUUGUUCAAACUCGUAUUUGGACAACUCAUUUUUCUUAGAACAUUUGAAUCAGUGUCCCUUUAGGAUAAGUCCGAAACGUGAGACUUUCGAUACUAAUGAAGUAGACAAUAAUAUUAAACAAGAAGUAACAGAAAUCACGUCGGAGGAAAAAGAUGAGCAAUAAAAUCGUCUAUAGGACUAGAUAAGACUUUUAUACGUACUUUAAUUUAUUAUAUGGGUUUAGGCAGUAGGAUGGAAUUGUGAUAAUUUUUAGUUGUAGUGGGGUGAGUGGUAUUUAUAUCCAGUUUGCACGCAAUUAUAUAUUAAAACACAUUCAAGGGUCCACUAUAGAUAUAGCGUUUAUUUCACUUGUCAGAGAUGCAUUUUCGUUCCCAGAUUUGUACAUUGUUACCACCAGAAAAGUACAAAUCGGAUUACAGCAAUUUGACCAAAGAUGCGCCAAAAUGAAACACAAGGAAAUACAUAACGGUUUAUUUUUUCAAAAUUUUCACUAUAGGUUUGGCGUCCUAAGCGAAAUUUCUCGCUUAGUUGACAGAACGUCUCUCUGAAAGUCAUCCAGCUCUACAGCACCGUCCAUUAGACUUAUUUUGUUGAUUUAUAGAUUGUUCAUAGUUACAGUGUUAUUAUUACUAUUACUAACGAGAACUGUAUAGGAAAUAAGUUUUUGCUAAUUUGCAUUCCCUAUUGUUUCUGUUAAGUUUUAAUUUAAACUCAAUAAAAAAAUUCAA